CAACACAAUACAACGCAACGCAGCAGCUGAGAGUCACAAUGGAGACGAGCUCAGUUGAGAGCUGGUGGGUGCUUCCCAUGACCUUAAUCCCGGCCAUCUCCGGCGAUCAACACGAGAACAUUGCCACCAUAGCCACUAGCUUCACCUACAUGGCCAUCUUCGCAUGCCUUGCAUGGGCAGGCGCGUCCCUGCUCUACUGGGCUCACCCAGGUGGCCCUGCAUGGGGCAAGUACUGGAGGGCAAGGGGCAAGGGCCCGAAGCCGAUGACACUCCCGGGGCCGAGAGGGCUCCCCGUCGUCGGCAGCCUCGGCCUCAUGUCCGGGCUGGCGCACCGCUCGCUGGCCGACGAGGCGUCGCGCCAGCCGGGGGCCAAGAGGCUCAUGGCGCUGUCGCUCGGCCCCGUCCGCGCCGUCGUCACGUCCCACCCGGACGUGGCCAAGGAGAUCCUCGACAACCCGGCGUUCGCCGACCGCCCGCUCAACCACGCCGCCUACGGCCUCAUGUUCCACCGCUCCAUCGGCUUCGCCGAGCACGGACCCUACUGGCGUGCGCUCCGGCGCAUCGCCGCCGGCCACCUGUUCGGCCCGAGGCAGGUCGAGGCCUUCGCGCCGUACCGCGCGAGCGUCGGGGAGGGGGUCGUCACGGCGCUGCGCGGCGCCGGCGCCGGCGCCGUCCAGGUGCGCGGCCUCCUCCGGCGAGCGUCGCUCUACUACAUCAUGCGGUUCGUGUUCGGCAAGGAGUACGACGUGUCGCGCGCGGCGGCGCCGGCGUCCGGGAAGGAGGAGGAGGUGGAGGAGCUGCUCGAGAUGGUGCACCAAGGGUACGAGCUCCUGGGCGAGGAGAACUGGUGCGACUACUUCCCGGGGCUCGCCGCGCUGGACCCUCAGGGGGUGGGUGCGCGGUGCGCCGAGCUCAUGCCGCGGGUGAACCGCUUCGUGCACGGCAUCAUCCAGGAGCGCCGCCGUGCACGCGCCGAGGCGAUCGACGGAGGAGAGGCGCGUGACUUUGUUGACAUCUUGCUUUCCCUGCAGGAGAGCGAGGGGCUCGCUGACGCGGACAUCGCCGCUGUGCUUUGGGAGAUGAUCUUCAGAGGAACUGACGCCAUGGCGGUGCUCAUGGAGUGGACCCUAGCCCGCGUCGUCCUCCACCGCGACGUCCAAGCCAAAGCGCACCGCGAGCUCGACGAGCUCGUCGGCCGGAACACACCGGUCACCGAGUCCGCGGCGCCGUCGCUGCCUUACCUGCAGGCGCUGCUUAAGGAGGCUCUCCGGAUCCACCCGCCGGGUCCGCUCCUCUCGUGGCGCCACAGGGCCAUAUCCGACACGUACGUCGACGGCCACCUCGUGCCGGCGGGCACCACCGCCAUGGUCAACCAGUGGGCGAUCAGCCGCGACCCGGAGGUCUGGGACGCGCCGCUCGAGUUCCAGCCCGAGCGGUUCCUCCCUGGCGGCAAGGCCCAGGACGUGUCCGUGCUCGGCGCCGACGGCCGGCUCGUGCCGUUCGGGUCCGGUCGGAGGAGCUGCCCGGGCAAGUCCCUGGCCAUGACCACCGUGACCGCCUGGAUGGCCACGCUGCUGCACGAGUUUGAGUGGCUGCCCGCGACUGACGCGGCUGCCGUCGACAUGUCGGAGGUGCUCCGCCUGUCCUGCGAGAUGGCGGUGCCGCUCGAGGUCCGCGUGCGCCCGAGGCGCGGCGUGUGAAUGAAGAAGUUGCCGAUAACUUUGUUGCACCGUGACUCCAUUGUGCGUGCAGUGUGUAGCCGUGACCCUAAGCUUUUCCGUCAGUAAACUGUGAAUAAGCAGCUGGUAAAGGACUGUGCACCAGCUCACCUCAGUAUUUGGUUCAGAAUCUCAGCUUGCCUAUGUACUACAUUUGGGUGUGACUUGUGAGUAUGAAUUUCAACAAGAUGUACAAAUCACAAAAGUUAUCAAAGUUUAUGUGAAGUGUGGCAUACAUGUAGCCUCUAUUCCUGUCA